UAAAGCAUGUUUGAAAUGGAAAAUUUUUAAUGAUAUAUCAAUAAGUUCGAUAUCUUGGUAACUUUGUUGUCCUGCUGACUAAUUAAAGAAGUCGUUUUUUUUCUGAUACUAAUGAAAUCUAAUAAUUUAUGAGCCAAAAGUGAGCAAGAGUCUGGAAUAGGUGGGCAGGAAACUACCUGCAAGCUGCAACUGCAAUUGGCACUGGCAGUCGUAGCAAUCCAGCUCUACUCCUCGAAACAACGGAUAUGUUAAAAAACAGAGGAAAUAAGCCUACGGUAGAAGACGAUGAUGAUAUCCAAUGCGUUUUUAUCGAAACAGCGAAAACACGAAAACCAGCUGAGCCGUUGAGAGCACCGGCAGCUAAACGGAAAUACUCCGCACCAGGCAUUCCCAAGAGACAGAAAGCAUCUCAUAAUGCUGUACAAAAAAGCAUCAAGGAUUUUUUCGGUUCAGCAAAAGUCUCGAAUGGGGACGCGGUCAGGCAGUCGCACGCUAAAAUGGAAUCUACGAUUUCGAGGGAAACAGACGGUUCUGGCAAAGCAUCUUUUGUCGCGACUGUCUCUUUAUCAGAAACGUUUCCGUUGGCGGUUUCCUCUUCAGGAUCGUUCAAAGAAGAAAUUGAUCCCGUCCGUGGCGAUGAUUUGCUAACAGACAAUGACGGUUAUCUGUCUGGCGAUGAUCUUAUUUCCAGUGUUCCUGAAAGUGUAUUUACUGACAUUGUUACGGGAAGCCCUACCGGCCAAACGACGCAGACAGCCACAUCUAGCGCAUCUUCCGAAGUGGACUCAAAACUGAAUUUCCGCUCCCGAAGUUUUCCUUUUCCUCGGUCUUCGGGAUUAGCCAAACGGAAAUGUCCUUUCUAUAAACUGCUUCCCGGGACAAAUUUUUCAGUUGAUGCAUUUAAUUUUGGCGAAAUUCCUAAUGUUUUUGGAUAUUUUUUGAGCCAUUUCCAUUCGGAUCAUUACAUCGGAUUGACGAAGAGAUUUUGUCGGCCAAUUUAUUGCAGUGCUAUCACUGCCCGCUUGGUUGCUUCUCGACUGGGAGUGGACGCUCAAUGGAUCAAUGCUGUGCCGAUGGAUGUCCCUGUUACGGUGGAUGGGAUCGAAGUAACGCUGCUGGAAGCCAAUCACUGUCCUGGUUCCGUAUUAUUCCUGUUUCGUAUGCAGAACGGAACAGUGUAUUUGCAUACCGGCGACUUUCGUGCCGAUCCGUCAGUUAUUGGAAAAAAUCCUUUCCUGCAAAAUCUCAGAAAUAUCUCUAAGUUGUAUCUCGACACCACAUAUCUCGACCCAUAUUACGAUUUUGUAUCUCAGGAUGCUGCGGUGGAAUUCGCUGCCGAGCUGGCCCAACAGUAUGUUAAAAGGAACCCGAAAACGCUGAUCAUCUGCGGAACAUAUUCAGUGGGCAAAGAAAAAAUUUUCAUGCGCAUUGCAGAGUGUCUCGGAUGCAAAGUGGCUGUGAUGAAUUAUAAACUGCAGUUGUUAAAAUGUUUCGAAUGGGAAAAUUUAAACGCCAUGUUGACCAAUGACUGGCAGUCUGCUCAGGUGCAUGUGUUACCGAUGCGAUCGCUCAACCUGGCUUCGCUGGAAGAACAUUUGAUGAAGCACCGAAAUUAUAAUGAAGUCCUGGCUCUUUUGCCAACCGGAUGGGAGUAUAACAAAAAACUGCUUUCCCUGAAAGAUAUUAAACCCAAGAAGAUGGGUCCGGUAUCUCUCUACGGAUUGCCUUAUUCGGAGCAUUCGUCGUACCGUGAACUGGAGUGGUUUGUGAAAUUUUUACGACCGAAAGAGGUUAUCCCAACUGUCAACGUGGGCAAUCCAAAAACUCGACAGAAAAUGCAGGAGCAUCUGAGAAAUUGGUUAAUGGAUCCCUCCAGCAGACCCAAACCCAUUCUAAAGCAGAACUCCAUAACGAAUUUUACGUCUCCUUUUUCUGUUUAAGCAUAACCAGUUGACGUGUUGAAUAACGAACUGGCGUCAGGAUACGUGAAGUUUUAUUUUGUUCAGCAUACUCGCAUUUUUUGUUCUUGAUGCCCUCUAUCGUUGUCAUAUCUCUAACGCACUGCCUUGACCUCGUAUUUAUGCAAAUGAAGAUAAUUUUUUGCAUAC